CGAGGACCUCGGCGGCUGCGCGCGCCAGGGCUGGAGCCAAGAUGGAGCUUUCGGCGGUGGGCGAGCGAGUGUUCGCGGCGGAAUCGAUCAUCAAGCGGCGGGUGCGGAAGGGCCGCAUUGAGUAUCUGGUGAAAUGGAAAGGAUGGGCUAUCAAGUACAGUACUUGGGAGCCAGAGGAGAAUAUCUUGGAUGCCCGUUUAAUCGCGGCGUUCGAGCAAAGAGAGAGGGAGCGGGAGUUGUACGGACCGAAGAAACGAGGCCCCAAGCCCAAAACCUUCUUGUUAAAAGCCCGCGCACAAGCUGAAGCUCUGAGGAUCGGGGAGAUGCACUUCUCGGUGAAGCCGGGCCCUGGCAGCGCAGCCUACAAGUUGAAGAAGAACAUCCGCCGUUGCUACCGGCCGCCGUCCAAGCGGGGCCUGGGCCGGGCCGAAACCCAGCCGGCGGGCCUGAGCGGGCAGACUCGGCCCGCGCUCCCGCUGCCAGAGAGUGUGCGGAUCGUCAACCGCAAGGUGGACCCUCGUCGGCGGAAGCGGGGACGUAUCAUCCUCAACCUGAAGGUUAUUGACAAAGGCACCAAGGCCCUGGGCAAGGCCAAGGUCCCCUCUCGCAAUCGGGUCAUCGGCAAGAGCAAGAAGUUCAGCGAGAGCGUCCUCCGCACGCAGAUCCGCCACCUCAAGUUCAACAGCUUCUCCGUCUACGACAAGUCCUUCCAUGCGCCUGCUCCCGGCCGCGGCAGGGUGGCGGAAGGGGACCCCGGCACCUCCCGCGCUGAGCCGCCCUCGCCCCCGGCCUCUGCUCCCCGUUACCCUGGCGACCCUGGCCCCCGGCCGGGCUUGGAGUGGCCGGGCCCCGGGGGGGAGAGGGGCGGUGGUGGGGCCAAGGCCCCUGCCGAGACCCCCAGUCCAGCUGUGCCUGACUGGCGGGAGGCCGAGGCGCUGGACCUCUCCCUGCCCCCAGAGUCGGCCGCCGCUGCCCGUCGGCCCCCACCCCCGCCGCCGACACCCCCAGCUGAGCCCGAGGUGUCGGGCUGGAGGCCCCAGAUGUCGCCCUGCUCCAACGUGGUGGUGACAGACGUCACCACCAACCUGCUCACCGUCACCAUCAAAGAGUUCUGCAGCGCCGACAACUUCGUCAAGGCCCCUGCUGUAAAUAAGUAAACCUCCCCCCACCCGUCCUCACCCCGUCACUCCCCCUCCCGGAAAUCCUCAUCACACUGUCCUCCCAAAGGGUCCAGCACUCCUGCCUCACACAAUCCUUCCCUGCAUCUGGGUGAGAGGUUGCCUCCCAUUGAAAUGUUGUCCAGUAUCAUUCCUUGAUGUUUUCUUUCCCCUUCUCUCUAUCUCUGCGUCUGCCUCUCUGUGCCCCUCCUCAUUCUAUCCCACUUCCUCUCUCCCUCAUGGCCUCACUCUUUUACUUUGCCUCUGCAUCUCAUUUGCUGUUUGUUGGUCAACGUGGUUUUCUGCCUGUUUCUGUCUCUCUCUAUCUCUCUCCCUCCAUCUUUGUGUGUGUGUGUGUCCCUUCCUCUUGUUCUCUCUCCCUUUUCUCUGCCCCUCCGCCUAUCUCUUCCCCCCCCAUGUUUCCCAAUCUAUCCCAUAUUCCGCUCCCUUUCAAUGUCACAACCUUGUGCUUCUCUUUCUCUGCUUCUGUUUGUGUGUGUGUGUGUGUGUGUCCCCGUGUGUCCCUCUCUCGUUAUUUAUUCACCUUUGCUCUACCCAUUUCUCUCCCCAUCUCUCUUUCUCUGUUUAUCUCUCUGCCUUUGCCUCUCUCCUGUCUUUUUGCAUUUUUCUCUCACCCACUUUCUCUGCCUCUCCAUCUAUCUGUACCCUCCCCCCCCCCCCCCCCAUGUUUCUUACUUUAUUGCAUAUCCCACUCCCUGUCUCACAACUUCAUCCUCGGACCCCUCCACCUUUCACAUCUUCCAUCCCACCUGUCUUUUCCUUCCCUCACCGCUCCCCCUACGCUCGAGGCCCAUUUUUUUUGUGGGUCUUGUGACCUCCCCAGUUGCCCUAUCUCCCAUUCCCUCCCCUCCUCGUCUCUUGCUCGACCGCCUUCACUGUCCCCGUCUCCGAGUUCACCGGCCAGCGGCAGCGCCGGAACUGGACCCUCUCCCCUCCCUUGUCGUUCCCUCCGAGCUCUCGCCCGCAUUAUAGGUACUGGCUUCUCUUUCCGCACCUCGUAGUGUUAGAGCUCUGGACUCUGCAGGAACUGGGAAGCAGUGAUGGGAAUUCCUGGGAAUGCUGAGCUACCAUUUCAGCCCUGCCUGUUUUGACAACUUUGUGAGGCCUCUUUAAUUUUUGCCACUGUUUUUGUUAGUAAUAUAAAGCGUACAACAGCCACUUUAAAAGGUGGAACGAAUCUACCUUCUAUCUCUGAGCACCAGCACCACAGGCUGGCUAAAUAUCUUUCCAAAGCCCUUUUUUAAAAAAAAUGGCAUGUAAUUUUUUUUUUUCUUAACUUUGCAAAUAAUUUUAUUAUAAGGAAAAGCAAAAAGCACUAGUUAGAACUCUUAGCACAGGGAGGGGUGUGAUGGGCUUGGAAAGCGAUCGGUGUGGAGUUGUGGAUUGGGAGGGGGUUUUGGUGAGAAGAGGGAGGGAGGGAGAGAAGGAGAGGGUGCACAUUGUUCCUGCGGGCUGGUUGGCAGAGUGGCGGCCAGAAUCAUUGUCCGCUCUCCCCUCCCAGCCUACUUGACCGAUGUGUAUUAGCUGUUGUCACCGCGGCUCCUUUGUGGGAGUUUGUGUGCCGUGGAUCUCUGAGGGAGCCUUUUAAGCCUUCCCGUCUUCCCACGGUGUCCCUGGAAUUCCAAAGCCUGGUGGUGUGAAACUGCGCAAUGCCUUCAGACUUUUUGAUCCCCGGUCCGUUCGGAAGUGUUUGGGGGGGUGGGUGGGUUGUGGUGAGGGGAGGGAAGUUGUCCCAAGGUUCCUGUAGGCCCUGUUGUCUCAAGACCGCUGCGAUCACCUGGCUCGCACGAUCUCCGGGCAACCACUGCUUUUAUCGGGCAUCGUAGUUACUGUGGUCAGGUGAUCGGGGCUCAUGUUGCGGGAGUUGGGCCUACUCUGACAGGGCAUGAGGCUGCCCGCUGGCUGCUCCUUAAAUUCCGGAUGCACGCUAAAGGCAGAAGCAAAAUGGAGGUAGGCAGUGGGGGUUCAAGUGGUGGUGAUGGGGGGGGGGGGGUGGGGGGCUGUGCUUGAAUUCUGUUUGAUGUUACAAAAUAACGUCAUAAAAGGUACUCGUGGCCCUUGGGGCCUGUUCUAGUCCAGCAAACCCAUUAGGAUCACCUGCCACUUUUCCCAGAACUUCCAAAUCUUCUUUUGGCACAGAUCACCUUAAUUUGGUGAAUUCCAGACCAUAAUGACCUAAAUGUCCAUUUAAAAACAAAAUCCCCACUGUUCCCCCCAGUCCCGUAUGCAAAUGUGAGUUAGGAAUACUCUGUCGCUACUUAUUCCAAAGGUCUUGAACGCUCCGAUCAAAUCUCCCACCCAAGAACUUCAAUUCCCGCCUCGCCAGUCUGAAGUCCAACCUGGACAGGAGACACCGAAUGAAGUAAUUCUGAUGCCCACAAGCUUCGGCAGUCAGUGAAGCAAAAGUAUGGGGUGAGGCGGUGGCACCUUGUGGAAUGGAUGGAGAGCGGAGCAGUGGUUUCUGGCCCCUGUAGGUGCUUCAGUGGGCGGUUACUGUAGUACAGAGGGGAGACACCAUUUUUGUGGGGCUUUAAUGGCAAGUUUACGUUGGGCCAGGUGUGGUGGGCAGUCUGCCUCCGGGGGCAGAUAUAUCCGGACCAAGGAAGCCCACUGGCCGCUGAGCUUCCAGGGGCACGGAGGGCUGCAGAUGGUGGACUCUGGGGCAUGGAGCACACCGCGGAAGGGUACCUCAGCAGGCCAAGCGGCUGGUGAGGGGAGUGGAAUUGUCGCUGUUUCGGAAUGAGUGUCAACCCGAGGCAAGACUCACUCCUCCUCUCUCUCUCUCCCCCCCCCCCCCCAACGGAUGCAGCUCGACCUGCUGAGCUCCUCCAGCGGUUUAUUUUAGACCAGAAGAUAGAGGGGCAGAACGAGGCCAUUUGGCCUGUCGAGUCUGCCCCACGAAUUUGGCUUCUUCCAUCUGUCCCUGCCUCCAAGACAGAGUAGUGGGAGCUGUUUGUGGCGGUAUCGAAUUGUUCCUCCUUUGAAUGUGGAAGGUACUAUCAUCAGUGACAGAUUUUAAGAUGUAUUAGAUGGUAUGUGUGUCUGGCUGGCACAGGUACUGUGUUGGGGGCGGGGGCGGGGAGUGGAUGUAUGAUUCAGGAGUUGGCCUGGGAGUACUACGGAUGGCAGUGUACAAGAAUCUUGGUGAAGGCAUUAUCAGGAUGUCCAGUCCUCCGUUCUCUCAGCUCUGUGCAGAGUCUGAUUGCUUGGGAUGUGAAUGGAAACCCAGCACUUAGCGGCCACUUUGCUAGGCACACUAACACCUGCUGCUGUAGCCCAUCCCCUUCAAGGCCUGGCGCAUUAUGUGUUCAGAGGUGCUCUGCUACUGUAACGUGUGGUUAUUUGAGCACCAGUCUGACCGUUCGCUGACCUUUCUCGUUAACGACAAUUUUGCUCACUGGAUUUCUUUUUUUUUGUUUUUCGCACCAUUCUCUAUAAACUAGAGACUGUUGUGCGUGAAAAUCCCAGGCAGUCAGCAGUUCCUGAUCUCCUCAAACCUCCCUGUCUGGCACCAACAGCCAUUCCGUGGUCAAAGCCACUUAGAUCCCAUUUCUUCCCCCAUUCUGAUGCUGGGUCUGAACAACAACUGAGCCUCUUGACCAUGUCUGCAUGCUUUUAUGCAUUGAGUCACUGCCACCUGAUUGGCUGAUUAGAUAUUUGCAUUAACAAGCAGGUGUACCUAAUAAAAUGGCCACUGAGUGCACUUUCUAUGAUCAAGAUUAAAUUUGUAAAUGUGGGCAGGGGACUUGCUGGGUUUAUACAUCUCAGGGUGCCUGAUUGGACUCUUUGCACCCUGUGCAAAGACUCAGCUUACCUCGGAUUGGAUUGUUGCUUUGGGCUCUGGAUGCUCUAAGGUCUCUUCGGAUUGGUUGAUCUGUGAGCGAUGUGAUAAUAUUCUUUGACCUUUUGGGAGUUUUGGCUAGCCCAGUCCUCGAGCGUUCUCGGAGUGAGUGAGUAUACACGUGCGUUUGUGUGACUGGGUCCUGUUCAUCUCCCUGCUAUGCUGGAGGGAGCAUUGAAGUAAAAACUGUCACUGCAUUGGAGCGGAGUUGGGGGGGGGGGGGCGAAAAUAGGGCACACGCAACGCUGUGAUAACGCAAAUGCUGGCGGUACUCAUCUGGCGAGGCUGCGACUGGGGGAUGGGAAGCGGUAACAUUCCAGGGCGGUGGCCUCUCAUCAGUACUGCGACGUUGGCUCUUGUUUCCUCUCUGCACGGACGCUGCCUGCCUUGCUGAAUAUCGUCACUAUUUUCUGCUUUAAAUAAUUAGUUUUUCUUUGAGGAUUACUGUUAUACAAGGGAUGGGUCAGUGGAGUCUACCUGUCGCCCCAUCUUUCUCCUUGAGGUGAAAUGCACUCUGAAGGCUCUGGCGUUCCGGUAUGGGAGCAAUCAUGCUGCUGCUAUUGUGAUAAUGGAAUCCUUCGAGUGGGUCGGGCCCGCUCCUAAUCGUGACAUUCACCUCCUUUUCCUACCCUGGAAGCGUAAGAUUGGUAAAUAUGACUGGUAGAUCAAGUGUGUGGUUUUUUUUUCAGUCUGAAAUUUGAAGAGAUGCAGUUGGAUGCGACAGCAUUUUUAUUUUAGUGAGUUGCUGGUGUGAAUAGUUAAUUUUUGCAACAGAUUUUAAAAUAAUUAUAUAUGUAUAUAUCGUGACAUGUUUGGGGUGAGAGAGAGUUAAGUUUUGUUUCUGCUCCUGUUUGUGUGCGCGCGUGCGUGUGUGUGCGCGUGCACGUGUGUGUGUGCGUGCGUGUGCGCGUGUGUGCGUGCGUGUGCGUGUGUGCGUGUGCGUGUGCAUGCAUAUGUGCGUGUGUGUGCGUGUGUGUCUGAGGUGACCCUCGGCCCCAAGAACCCUUUUUCUUGUAUUGAGCAGUUUGGAAAGCGGAGUGCUGUCCGUGGCGUGUUGCCUUGGCUCUCUGUCUCCGGGAGCGUUGUCGGGUUUGGAGCGCACCCCGACGCCGCUGCUGGAUGCGGCCUGUUGGAAAGGAGUCGGCGACUUGCGACCGCUGCGCGCGUCUCUGACUGGAUUCGACCGGAAGCAGGGAGAUGUCAGAAAAGUAGGAAUUCUGAAUGUAACAAAACUCCGUAUGUAAACACUAAUUAAACAUGCCGUCGGGCAGUAUCCGCAAUAUUAAUUAUUAUAAAGAGCAGCAGAGAUUUCCUAUCUAUCUAAUAGCUGGUUGUAAAUACUAUCUGGUUAUAUGUAUAUUCAUUUGUUCAAAGAACAAUCUGACUAUCUUUGACUAAUUAUGUUCCAUUUGGGCAGUUCUUUGCAUUUUACAAAGAUGUGAUUCUGUAGCAGGGCUAUCUUCCUGCCAGUAUAUAUCUGACCCAUCUAUGAGAUGGAGGGUGCUGAGCUUGUAAUUAUCAAGGGAAGUGCCCAGUUCUGAGAGAGUAGGGAAAUGCAGCUGUCUUCCUGGUGUAGGUAUUUGUUACUUAUGCGCGGAGCAAGGUCCACAGUAGAGUUGUAGGUUUAAAUGUUUUUUACUGGGUCAUUAGCUGCGGUCAAUGCUGGGUAGCUUGUGUGAGGACCAUCAGGGCCAGCCGAGACCAAAAAAGAAAUUCGCCCUUGAAAGACGCGCAAAUAAAAAGAGUUUCUCGUGUUCGUCGGAGGCCCAGUCGAUUGAUCAGUCGGUUCAAUGCACACUUUUCACCUUGGAAUCGAUCCUGUACGCUUCAGUAUUCUGACGGUCAGUCGAGAGCUCCAUGGGUUAAUGGCAAGCCUCAUUCGUUCUAUGCCUCACACGCAGCUGGUGGUCAGGGUAGCAAAGUCCGUCCGCCACCUCUACUGGGGGUCCUCAUUCCUGCCUCGGCAGUACGGCACCAAGUUGUCUUUUGUCCUUCAUCUUGCCAAUAGCUUCCUUUCGGUUUUUACUGCCGUCACUCAUGCAAAUCCCGGGCGGAGCCUCAAGGAUACCAUCGCACGCAGAUGUAGGAUUUUGCAUUGCUGUGCCUGAAACGUUUUGUUCUGACCAGUCAGUUAUUAGUCCUGUGCUGGACCACCAAACCUGGUGGACCACUCUUAGUCUGCCCUUUUUGACAACGCUGACCCUACCAAGAGUCAAACCACAAGGCCCCGACUCCAGCCAACAUAGUUCUCCAAGUCAUCGAGGCACGCAAGCCUCCAAACCCUACGACAAGGUUGUGGUCCACUUGGAGAAGUGAUGGAGGAACAGUGAUGUAUUUCCAAAAUGGGGGUUGGGGGGCGGGGUGCAUGACUGGGCGGGACGCCUGCGGACGACGGUGUCCGCCUUGGCAAGCUUCUCGUUGUCUCCUGUGGUAGAAGGUUUGUGUUUCAAAGAUACUGUGUUGAGUGGCGGAGGGAGGGAUUGUUUGGCAGUGUGCGUGUGGUCAAGCAGGCUACUUUGUCCUGGGUGACGUUUGGAGUUGCAUUUGUCCGGGCAAGUGGGCAGUGUUCCUUCGCUCUGGUGUAUGUGCAGAUAGUGGAGAGGUUUGAGUCGACAAGAGGUGGGUUGGUUCUCUUCGCCGCGGUCUAUUUGGGGCUGGUGGAGUUGAGUUUCUGGGUCUCUGAUAACUCCAGGGAGUGGAUGAACUCUGUGACGGUAAUGGCAUCGAAAGUCAGACUCGCUUGUUGGGCGAGGGCACGUUCAGAGCGUGAAUGUUAGCGCGCACAGCUCACCAACUCCACCCCUGCACGAUGUCCUGGCCUUGCCACGUGCGGACGUGGGCUGCUUUGUUUUUGCUGAGGAUUCUGUGAAGGGAAUUGAGCACUGCGUGAUCACCAGUGGCCAUCCCUGCUUACGAUGGAAGGAGGAUCACUGGGGAAGUGGUUGAAGAUGGUUUGGUGUGGGAUCCUGCCCUGAGGAGCUUUGUGAAUUAAUACCCCCUGUGACUCUGGCCCCCUCAGAGCCCCUUGCCUACAACCCUCCCAGCCUUCCUUUGACGCAGUGUUCUUUGAUGUCGAGGCAAUCAUUCCUCUCUGGAAUUUCAAAUUCGAAGUGUGUUUAUUAUCCAGGUCUGGCUGAGGCGAGUGAAGCUGGCCAUGCUGGUCCAAGGACCCGACGGAUGUAGGGCAGCCACUGUCCCUGAACCUUGCACCUCUCGGUCGUUGGAGUAACGAGGAGAAAGGGAGUCGGGUCAGGCGCGUGCUGACGGGACGGGUUCGGGUGGGGGAUCCUGCCUGGCCUGGAACGGUGACUGAACACCGGUUCGUUACCUGCUCUCGUGCCUCGACGCUUUAAUCUGGCUCGGCGCUUCAUUCGGCACUCUCUUCUCCGGUGAUGGCCGAACUUCAUCCGCUUCCCGGUGCCAUACCUGCAUUUCUGCAGUAAGGUCCGUGUUCGGACCAAGUCUGUGAUGAGGCAUGUAGGCAUUGGCGUUCGUAAGCAGGCUGUUGGCGAAUUAGAACCGCUGAACUCCUUUCUCCGCUUUCUGCUUUGGGAAGGUGGAACCUUUGUGUGAACUUUCCUUACUGACCCCUUGCAUAACUUGCAUUUGAGCUGUCGCUGGCCUUGGACUUGCCCCAGCAUCAGAGCGAUCUUGAGCUGACGCCUGUGCUCCGCUUUGCCCUGGGGCUCUCCGGUGCGCAGUACCGACAGAGUUAGCGGUGACCUCUUUCCACAGAACUCCCACGGCACUAUUUUGAAGAAGGUGCUGUUCUUAAAAAAAGUUGCCGUUAUCACUUCCCUGUUUGUAGGAGCUUGCUGGGUGCAACCCGGCUGCCGUAUUGCCCAGAGUUAGAAUGUAGAACUGAGAAAAGUGCACUGCAGUAGUCUUCGUGCGAUCACUCCGGUGUGAUGUCCUCCUAAAGGGGUUGUCGACUCGUGGCUGUAGAGGCCGAACUGGGAUUCCCUUUAUGGUGCCCGCCUGUGCAGGGCAUUGUUUAACGUGGGGAGGCCGUGCAGAGCUGGUCUUCGACAGGUCGGGGUCCAGUGGCACAGAGGAUGACUGGUUUCCCGUCACCGCUGCAGCCUUCCUCCACCUUCAUUGCCAUUGCCGUGUGACGUCAUCUCCCGCCAGCUCUGCCGUUGAGGUCUUGGCUGGAACGUUCUACAUCUGGAGCCUCCUCCCUUGACUGUACCAUCAGUGACCCUGCAAGGAGCUGAACUCGAGAUGGCAUCACUUCCGGGAUCUCAGUCUUCCAGCACUAUGAGCUGAUGAUCCAGUCCAGAAUCUUCGGCCCGCAAUGUGGUGCCGGCCCUUUAACCUGCACUCUGAAAUCAAUCUAACCCUUUCCUCUCACAUUGCCCUCCAUUUAUCCUAUCUAAGCAUCUCUUAAUAGUACUUCAGUGGCUGUAACAGUCUUGGAACAUUGCGAUGGUGAAUUCUAAAGGGCUGUACCCUGGUGAGACGGGGCAUUAUUGACCGAGGCCGGUACUUAUUGUCCUCGAGUAGGAGAUGGUGAGCUGCUGCUUUGAACUCAGCCUUCUGGUUGGUGAAAGUAUCCUGGAAGAUUUCCAGUGCGUGGGAAGCUCCCGAGCAUCCGGGGCCGCGAGGUAUGCAGCUUGAGGGGCAACCUGCAGCCGAUGGUUCUUUAAGGAAUUUGAGUGGGGGAGGCCCGUCGUGUCCCUGAAACUGAUGUCGUCAUUGGUGUGACCGACUCAGGACCUGGUGCGACCGUGCUUGGACGAAGGAGGCAGUGAAUCGGGUGGAAGCCAGGAUCUGUGGUGGUCCCAUGGGUGGGACUGUGCUCUGAGUGCCUGGCUGUGGUGUAGGGCCUUUUCUUUGUGUGUUUGCCCACCUGAAGUGGUUUCGGCUAGUGAUAAUGUAACCCUUUCAUUGGUAAGAACGGAUCGCUCUAUCAGAGCAGUUUGGGGCUGUGUUUUGGAACCAGGAUUUUUUUUUGGGGGGUGGGGGGAAGGGAACUAAGGCAUUGUUGAAGGUUGAGCGUACAGAGCUUUAGCUACAUCCCUGUGUUUCUUUGGGAAACACUAAUAAAUCAGGAAAUAGUUGAGCUGUUCUGUUUUCAGUGUGGUUAUCCUUGACCCUCACUGAUGGCAUUAACUCCACCCCUUUGAUUCGGUUUAAGGGGCGGCCCUGUAGCGCAGCGCUAUUACAGCGCCAGUUCCCGCUGCUGUCUGUAUGUUCUCCCGGUGACCGCGCGAGUUUCCUCCCAAGUGCUCCAGUUUCCAAAGAUGCACAGGUUAGUAGGUUGGUUGUCCACGUGGGUGUAGUUGGGCGGUGCGGACUGGUUUGGCUGGAAGGGCUUGUUACCUAGGUCACUAGAUGUAGAACAAAAAGUUUGGCUUGUACUUUAGGAGUGCGAGCUUUGGCUGAGGGCUGCCACUGUUUUUUUUUCUUGAGUUUGAAGGUUGUAGGUUCAAGACCCCUCCUUCCCAGUGUAGCCUGUUGGUCAGUGCUGAAGUCUGCCUAAGGAAGGUUACCUUCCUGACUAUUCAGACUUUAAAUUGUGGUCGUAGCCCAGGCGGAGAAAAUAAAACCCGUCCCGUAGUUAACAUUAGGCGAUCAGCUCACCCCAGUAUCUGGACACAACAGUAUAUUUUUUAAAAAAAAGUUUGUGGUAAGCUCACAAACGAGCUGUAACACUAACAAAAGUAACUAGUGUGUGGAGCUACUGUUAACGGAGAGGUUGCUUCCGUGUUUUGCUCUGGACCCUGUCCUCGUGAGCACUGUGGUGUGAAUUACUUUUAAGCACUUAAGCAUUAAUUUGGCAGGAGUGUCUGUGUGUGUGUGUGUGUGUAAGCGAAUCCUGAGUGGAACACCUUGGUGAUGGGCCUUGGGAGAGGAGAGAAGCUGUUUUGGUCCAGUGUCGCUGAUAUAUCCCAUUCAGGGACCCUGUACUUGAAGCAGGGUUGAGACGCCAAGUAGCUGUGUUAACGGCUGUGCCUUUGUUAACUCUGCGUGCCUGGCAGCUAAUCCCGCCCCAAGGUUUCUGGGGCCUGCAUUUAUGGGAAGGUGGCGACAGUUCUCACUGUAAGAUAGAGGCGCAGAAUCAGGCCGUUUGGCCAUCGAGUCUGCUCCGUUGUUCAAACACGGCUAAUUCUUUUAAACCCUAUUCCUCCUGCUUUGACCUGUUUAUCAGUCAGUCUCUGCCUUAAAUACACUCAAUGACUUGACCUCCAUCACUCUCUGUGGUGACAAGUCCUGCCACCCCUCUGGGGUUGAAGGUGGCCCUGAGACUUUCUGCGGUCGGGCCCAGAGUGGGGACUGAUUGAUGCUCGGUCAAAAUCCACCUAAUGCAUCAAGUGUGGGCUGCUGACACCUCAGCCCUUCAGCUGGUAAGGUGGGGUAGUGACAGAGCCCUGAGUUGUGGUUUGGCUUGGGCCGCAGGAGGCUCUCUGUCUCCGAGGCUGGGACCUAGUGUCGAGAUGAGCUGUGGUCUAUUUCGGACUGGGAUAAGCCUUGACUUUACUGUGAGGGUGGAUGAUCUUUGGAAUUCUUACCAGAAGGAUGUGGAGGUUUGAAAAUUGCAUUCGGAAUAGUGGUCCGUAGAUUUCCAGAUAGUAAAAGAAUCGGGGGGGGGGGGGGGGGGUGGGGGAGUGACGCUAGAACAGACCACGACUCAGGGCAGGUGCGCCAAGUGUCCCAGGCAGCCGUUCCCUGACUCCUCCCUGAAUGCAAGAGUGGCCGAGUAUUCCCAUGUGUUUUCCAUAUAUGUGUACCUUGGGAACAAGCGCCCUCAACUCCCUCUCGUUCCCCUUUGUCACUCGCUGGGACCUCAGCCGGGUGCUCCACUCUGCCCUCUACUGGCCAGACAAGGUGCCAACAGCCAGGGUUAUCCUGGAGGCUCCGAUGUAAAUGGAAGCACUUUGAUUAAAUCAACCAAAGUAACCUGCACUAUAUUUUCAGGUAAUUUCAUAUAUUACGGUCCAAUACCUGGAAAGGCUUUGUGCUUUAAGCAGUUUGCGUAGAUUUUUAUAUUUACAACACAUUUAAAAGUUAGUCAUGUAUUUAAGUCGCUGCUUCUGUUGAAAUUUACGUAAUUAUUUUUCCCCUGCGUGUUGCCCAGGUCUCUCGAUCUGUCCUGAUGUGCAGUGGGUAACUCUCUUACUGUUGAUGGGUUCUGGGUUUGAGUCUUGCUCCAGAGACUGCGGUAAGGAAUUGUAAGCUGACCCUCUAUCGUGCCGAGGGAGUGCUGCACUGUUGUAGGCACGGUCUUUGUGUGUGUGUGGGGGGGUGUGGUAGGAGAAGAGACGUUAAACUGUGGCCCCGUCUGCCCAAAAGGGCAGACGUUAAAAAAAAAUCCGUUACAUUUUUCUGAAAAGCUCAGGUUCCUGGUGUCCCUGGACCUAUAAGCAGUAGAUCUGAGGAACUUAUGCAGUGUACCUGUGGACUGAUGGGUGGUGUAGUGGAAUCGGCAUUGGACUUUGAGGUGGAUGGUUCUGAGUUCGAUUCCGGCCAGGUCCCAACUUGGGCAGCAGCAGUAUCUACUUUGGUAUCUUGCCAUGAAAACCCUACGGACAGCUGCACCAUCUGUAGAGUUGCCAUGAGUUAACAACCCUGCCACAUAGUGGCUGCAGCUCAGAAGUUUUCUUGGUUUCAUCAAGACCGAAGGGUAAGCUCUUCAUGAAUCCUGAUAAAGGGUCUCGGCCCGAACCGCCAACUGUUUAGUCUUUUCCAUAGACGCUGCUUGGCCGGCUGGUGGUGUAGUGGCGUCAGUGCCAGACUUCGGAGCGAAGGCUCCCGAGUUCGAAUCCAGCCGGCUCCCUUUCCAUCCGUGCUGGGUUGAGCAUUGAGCUAGCAACUCGGCCUCGUAAAAAAUAAGAAAGCCUGCUAAGAAAGUGGCGUCCCGAUGACUCCACUCAAGAGUUGAGGGCUUUCUUCUUCUCCUAUAGAUGCUGCUGAUAAACGCUCCAGCAUUUUGUGUGUUGUCACUUUGGGUUUUCCAGUAUCGGCAGGCCUUCUGGUGUUUGUGGAAACGGGUGAAGUCUGCUUGGUGUCUCACGGUGACGUGGAGUGGCGUCUGGCCCAGGCGAGCAGCCUGUAUACAACCCCGGCUUCCAAGUUACUAAUGUGAUUGGGCUGGCGUUGAAUAGGUGGGGUGCGGCUUGUUGGGCUGGGAGGGCCAGGUAUCUCUCAAUGAGUAAUUACACGUGGAUGAGAAUCUGGAUGGAAACAAAACCCUCCAAAACAGAACUUGUGGGUGCUGGAAAUCAAAGGAAGUCACCUGGAGCACUCAGAAAAUCACACAGCAGGUGUGAAGAGGGAAGCAAUUAUUGUUUCAAAACCUGAAACAUUAAAUCUGCACAGAGGCUGCCAGGCCGACUGAGCAUUUCUUUUUAGCUCUCAUGAUGUGAGCUGGUAGACUGGGGUGGGGAUGAGGGCAGUUGGAUGGCAUAGCUCUGGGUUUUAAUCAGUUAAGCAAUCAAGCCCGUGGGACUUGGCCCCGGCCUGUUGUUCAUUGCGGUUAUCCAUCACCCUCGCUGAUGAUUGCAGUAACUUCCCCUUUGACUCGGUUUAAGGGGCAGCACCGUAGGGAGGUAGUUACCGUCGCGACAUUACGGCGCCAGUGACCUGUGUCCGGUUCCUGCUGCUGUCCGUUAGGAGUUUGCACGAGCAUCCGGUGACCACGCGGGUUUCCUCCGGGUGCUCCGGUUUCCUCCCACUCUCCAAAGACGCACAGGUUGAUUGUCCAAGUGGGUGUAAUUGGGCAGUGUGGACUGGUUGGGCCCGGAGUAUCUCUAAGUAUAGAACAAAAAGAUUGGCUUGUGUGAGGUUUUGGCUGAGGGUUGCCACUCAAAUGUUCUCUUGAGUGUAGCCUAUUGGUCAAUGCUGAUGUCUGCCUAACGAAGGUUACCUCCCUGACUAUUGAGUCUUUAAAUUGUGGUCGUAGCCAAGGUGGGCAAAAAAAAAAAACACCCUGGUUACUCUAAGAGCCUUUUAGCCUGUUGGGAUCUGCUGGCAAUAGAACCACUUGAGGGGGGGCUAGAUGUGACAUGGAGAUUCCUGGAAGCCUUCUGUUAAUUGUACCAUAGAAUUUCCACCCCACCACCUUGCUGGGGUUUGUGGUGGGUGAGCAUUCAGUGGAGCUUCAGUUUGGGUGACCCUCUGAUGGCGGUGGGUGAGUGUGGUGAGGACGAGUGUGUCUGUUGGUGCUUCGGUGUUAAGAAUGGCCAAGCGAUCUUUUGGGGUUGGGGGGGGGGGAGAAUGGCGGGUGGGGCGGGGCAGGGGUGGCGAGGGCUCGGCAGGGCGAUGUCGCCACGGGACUGACGUCGGCUUGACUCCCAAGGGUUCGGGUACGGUGAAUGUGACGCUGGAUGUUGGGGAUUUGAUUAGAAUUUGGGAUUCCCCUGCUGUUGUGCGGGGAGUGUUGGGGGAAAGUCCAGAAGGGGGGGGAUAUACUGGCCAAGGCAGCGUUGGAGAGCUCCAAGUAGACAGGCAAAUGUUUCUGUAAUAAUCUUUUAUUACUUGACCGUUGAUGUGACCUUGUAUAGUAAUGACUUUCUUCGGGAAUGGCCAUCGUCACCGUUUCCCCCCCCCCCCCCGGAAUUGAUGUUUUUCUUUCAUCCCCUCAAUUUUAAUGGUUUCUCUUCCCCACCCAACUUUAAAGGGGGGGGGGUGACAUUGGGGAGGGGUCUAGUUUGCAUCCUCUGGUUAUGGUAGUGGAGGCGGGAGAGGGGUGGUGGUGUGAAAAUGGCCAGGCAGGGGCUUCCCAACUUUGGUUUUGCGCCAAGGAGCUCUACCGUUAACCAAGGGGGUCUGUGGACCCCAGGUUGGGAAUGCCUGGUCGUGGGACAGAAGCAUAAUGCAACAGUGGGUUAAAUUAAGUGUGUGGGUGCAAGGGGAGGGGUACGAUGGCAAUCCCGACCUUCCCUUCCCGUGAUGUACCAGAGGAAGGGUCCGCGAUGACCUCAGUGAACCUUGUGGUAGGUCAGUGUCGGCUGUUCCACACAGCCGACAGAAAUGCAGCAAAGGACACGGAACUGGCGGUGGGGGGUGUUCUCUGAUGAUGGAGGCACGGCCUUUGACGUCUUGAACCGUUUGUGGCAAUACAAUUAUCCGUCGACUUAUUCCCAGGGAGAGGGGAUCUCCGUUCUCUGUCGGAGCUGGCAGUGUCGACGCAGGUCAGUGUGGUUCUCUUGCCUAACUUGAGCCGAGGUUGCUGCCGACGGGAUUGGAAGGGGAGGGGAAGUGGAUUUUGGAAGGAGGCUGCGUUUUGUGGUGAUGGUGAGUCCCAACACUUGUGAUUCCUAUGCUGUCUGGGGGCCCUCCCACCACUGUGUGCUGGGGAUAUUGCAAUUGCUUGCACUGGUUAAAACUGGCUUGCUAAUACUGCCCUAGGAGUCUUGAGAUGAACUUGAUAAAGGGUAUGUUUGGUGACUGUUAUCUGUAAAACUGUGGACAGUAUAGGAUUAGUCUGUGUGCGAGAGUUAUACUGAAAAUAAUCUCUCAUCUGUCCCGUUUCUGGAUCCUGUCUGCCCAAUGAAAAAUCAGCUCUGAACAGACGAUUUUCCCCACCCCUCCCCCUUCCCCCAUUUCCUGAUAUUUGUUUUGUAAUUACUUUUUUUGUAAGGACAAUUAACAAUCGGGAAGUGUCUGUCGAUAAUGUGUUUGCUGUUCUUGCUGUUUUUUAAAAAAAUCUUUGCAUUAACAUAGGCAGCACUUGGCACUUGUGUCACGCUUUGGAAGUACAAAAUCAAUAAAUGUCACAUUCCUAAAGAAA